AUGGGUUCUCCAGAUGGUGAAAAUAUUGUUGAUGGUAAAGCUUUAUCUCUUGAUCUGUCUGGCUAUGAAUUUAAGGAGGAAGAUAGAGAGGUUACUGAAGAAUUGGUUGAAGAAGAUGGGAAAACAAGAAGAAUCUUAAGAAUAACACCAAAAACAGCAUUUGUAAGUGGUGUUGGUGGUCAAAUGAUGUGUUCAUAUUGUAACUACACCAGUCCUAAAAGAUACUUGCUUACCAGACACAUGAAAACUCACUCUGAAGACCGUCCUCACAAAUGUCAUAUUUGUGGUAGAGGUUUCAAAACACUUGCAUCUCUUACCAAUCAUGUCAAUACCCAUACAGGAGUCAGACCUCAUAAAUGUAAGCUAUGUGAGUCAGCAUUCACCACCUCUGGAGAAUUGGUUCGACAUGUGCGAUACAAACACACCUUUGAAAAGCCUCACAAAUGUACACUCUGUGAAUAUGCUAGUGUAGAAUUGAGCAAAUUGAAGCGACAUAUGAGGUCUCAUACUGGUGAAAGACCUUAUCAAUGUCCACAUUGCACGUAUGCGUCUCCAGACACAUAUAAACUUAAGAGACAUCUUCGUAUUCAUACUGGUGAAAAACCUUAUGAAUGCAUGGUGUGUCAUGCUAGAUUUACACAGAGUAACAGUCUGAAGGCACAUAAACUAAUUCAUACUGGAACAAAACCUAUUUUUCAAUGUGAAUUUUGUCCUACUACAUGUGGAAGAAGAACAGAUUUGAAGAUCCAUGUGCAAAAACUUCACAACAGCGAACACCCUCUUUUGUGUAGAAAAUGUAAUCAGACCUUUCCAGAUAGAUACACAUAUAAGAUCCAUCUAAAAUCUCAUGAAGGUGAAAAAUGCUUUAAGUGUGAUAUAUGUGGACAUGCAGCCAUUUCUCAACGUCAUCUUGAAACCCAUCAACUUAUUCAUUCUGGGGAAAAGCCUUAUGAAUGUGAAUCUUGCGAUCAUUCUUUCAGG